UACAAAAAAAAAAGUAAAAUGUCACGAUCGCUUGAACGGGUUGGGUUUUUACCGUGUUUGUGAAUUUUUAUUCCGUGAAUUCUGCAAUAAUAACCGAAGUAAAUUGAAUUAAAAACAGUUAGUCAAUGAAAUAGUACUACAAAAAGUUGAGUGUUUAUAAAAUCGACUAAUUUUUGAUUGGUUCGAAGCCGUAAAUUGUCUUAAAAAUGUCAACGAAAGCUAGCGAAGAGGAGUCGCAUCAUGACGAGAGUGACAUUACCGAUGAGUUUAUUGAUGAUGAUGGCGAUAAAACUGGAUAUUUUCCGGGCAAAACAAUCACUCUACAAAUGCUACUGGGGUCAAAUAUUCUUCAGCCAGGAAAGGCAGCUAUGAGCAUUGAAUAUUUGGGCCAAAAAUUUAUCGGUGACCUGCUUCCUGACGGAAAGAUAAAAUCGCACGAAACUGAAACCAUUUUCUGCUCGCCAAGUGCGUGGGCAAUUUAUUGCAAACGUAUUAUUAAUCCUGACAAAAAAUCCGGAUGUGGCUGGGCUUCGGUCAAGUACAAAGGUCGUAAGUUAGAUGCUUAUAAAGCAGCUUAUCAUAGAAAACAGUUACUGAAGGAGAAAGAUCAUAAAGACGACAUAGGACCUAAUGAAGAUAUAAUCGAAGAGAUUGAGGAAGACAAAUCAGUAAUGGAACCUCCACCUGUGCGUCGAAAUAUAGUUCAGCACAACACAGUCAGCAACAGAAAUAUUCUUCAUGACGCGAAUACGUUGAUUGAAUCAAUUCCGUUUACAUCAAUCGGUAAAAUGCAGCCAUUUCUGGUAUCCGUUAGCACUUCGACAGUUCUAUUGAUGGACUUUCAUUGUCAUCUAACUAAUAACGAAGUCUGUGGUUAUCUUGGUGGAACGUGGGAUAUUAACGCACACAACUUGUCCAUCACUCAUGCAUUCCCAUGUCGCAACUCGCGUUUUGAUAGGGAUAAGGCCGCAAUGUGUGAACUGCAAAUUCAAAAACUUAUGGUCAAGAAAAAUCUUCAUUUGGUCGGUUGGUAUCACUCACAUCCAAGGUUCCCAGUACAACCGACAUUACGAGAUUGUGAUGCUCAGCUUGAGUACCAAAUUAAAAUGAGAGGACCAACCGAGGCGUCCUACACUCCAUGCGUGGGAUUCAUUUGCUCUCCAUACAACGACGACAACCCAACAAUGGAAUCUAGCAUUAUGUCGUUUUGGGUUCUUCCGCCACCAGAAAAUCGACCAGCCGAAUAUGGACGUCCGAUGCUUAUGACGUACAGCUUAGUACCAGAUGAAACCCUUUCGGAAGACAUUAAGGAGGAAAUGAUGCUAACUGUCGACUACUAUAAACAGUUCAAACGAGAAUUGAUCAAUUUCCAAACAACUUACAAGAAUGAAAUCACAUAUAUCGAGAAAUUGAAAAAGACUUUGGUAUCUAAAUUUCCUCUGGAUUCAACAAAUGGUCACUUUUGGAAUUGGAUCCGUGAAUUGCUUGGAUUAGAUCACGAAGAAAUUAUGGUUGUUCCAGAGCCCCCUCCUCCACCAACUCUUCCCAUAAACAUACCCAAACUACCGGAACCGAUUUCCGCACCAAUGGUUGUGAAUUUGACCAACGUUGACGACUCAAGUGUGACUAUGGAAGCUAAAAACGAUGAAGACUUUGACGGUGUCUCUGAAAUGGGCGACUCGGAUGUUAUAUCACUCAAAGAUGAUGAUGCAAAGGCAUCUUCAUUGGCAAUUCCGAGCUUACAAGCGCAAUUGAAGCGACCAUCUGGUUUGAACAUGACUCCUUCCCCGUUGUCAAGUGCGUUGGUCGUAUUACCGCCAAGUCUCAACCAGAACAACAGUGUUCAAGGCAGCAACAACAACAACGUCAAUAAUAAUCACGGCGGGUCAAUCACAACUAACACAUCUCCACGAGACAGUCCUAUCACAAUCCCAUCUAACUCAGCGAGCCCGGCAAAGUUUGAAAUUCCAGUCCGAGCAAGCCCUUCACCGGCGAAAUCGGACACUUCGUCUUGUCGUAGUCGUACUCGCAACUCGCCUGCUCCCAGUCCGGGGAAGUUAUCCAUUGGCGAUAUUCUUGGAACUGGCAGUCGUAACAGUCCAACUUUAAGCUCCCUAAUCGGAAAUAUGGGUAGUAACGCUUCAAACAUCCAUGAUCUGUACGCUGCAACAUUCAACUCUCUAGGUGGUUCGAUACCAUCGAAUUUACUCUCGCAAGACUACGCCUCUCUGUUUCAAAAUACCAAACGCGACGAAUACGGUCUUUCGGCUCUGAACGCCUUGGCGCAAGUAGCUGCUGCCUCAGGAAUAUCUAAUUCACAAAUCAACGAGACCCUCUUACAUAGUCUAAACCGCAGCAUUUCAUCUAAAUCCGGCCAAACAUCGACCGUUACAACUGGAUCGGCAACAAUGACAUCUAGCACGGCAUCCGCAUCUUCCUCGAAUGCCGCCGCUGCUGCUAACUCUUCUGGAUUACCUGCCAUUCCUAACAUGAAAGAAUUUAUGCAGCAACUGGAGAAGGGAAAUCUCAGUUUACUAAUGCAGUCGCAGUAUGCUAAUCCGCUUGCCGGAAUGACUGGUCUUACCGGACAGGCCUCAGCUGGAUCCGGUGCUAUGGGAGGCAUUGGCUCAGGUGGUACAACCGGAACUAGUGGUAAAUCUAGCCGCUCUUCAAGCAAAUCUAGAUCGAAAUCUCAACAGCAGCAACAGUCCGUUCAGCAGCAGCUGCAGCAAGCUCAACAAAACCUACUGCAACAACAGCAACAGCAGCAGCAUCAAUCUCUGAUGGACUAUGCUGAUUUCAUGAGUAAAGCAGAUCAAAACAAACUUGCGGAUCUUAUGAAGUCUCCUGAAUACUCACAAAUGUUGCUACAGCAGGCACAAGCUCUAGGAAGUCUUGGAAGUGAAAUAUCUAUUAUCAAGAAGCCAUCAUCAAAGGGAACCACCGGAGGAUCAGCGAGUAGUAACAUUAAUAACAGUAGUAGCAACAGCAAUAACAAUAGCAACAAUGCCACUAGUAAUAGUAACAAGAAGGACUCAGCCAGCGAUUUAAUUUCAAAACUUCGUACUAUUUUCUCCACCGAUUCCUACUUGCCACCUAUGCCGACAGCUGCAGAUAUAAAUUUACUAGCUGAACAAUCACAAAAGGUCCCAGAGAUUCAGCAGAUCCUUAAUUCCGGUAAUUUGGAUGAUAUCCAGGUGUUGUUGAAAGCGCAAUCUCUAUCCAACAAUACGUUAGAUUUUGCUGCGUUCUUGCAAGGCACUUCCGGUAUCGGAUCUAAUUCCGGAGCAGGAGAAGGUAGCAGCAAAUCAAGUCGUAGUGCUGCUGCUAAGGAAGAACGUGAACGCGAAAAGGAGAGAGAACGAGAGCGUGAGCGGGAACGCGAACGAGAAAGGGAACGAGAUGCAAAUGCCGCCGCUGCGGCUGCAGCUGCUGCUGCUGCCGCUGCUAUGAACCCCUAUCUUUCGGCCAGCAAUUUGUCGGCACUUUUCGAACCAGUACAGCGUGCAUCGUCCGGUAAAUCAAACAGCAAAUCAGACAAGAACAAGAACUCAGCAAUCGAUCGUAACAGCAGCACCAAUGCUGCAUCUAAUCCUGCAGAAAUGUUAAAUAGCCUUUUCACGUCUGCUGUUAGUGGUGCUGGAGCUGCUGAUAUGAAUGCUCUGUUGUACGGACAGGGUAAAGUAGCCUCAGAUCUGAGUAUGCUUUUCGGUGCUGUGAGUUCAGCUCCAACGUCUUCCGCAAGCUCAAGUACAACAUCAACCGCUGCUGCUGCAGCUGCUAAGCAAAGUCUCGAUUAUCUCUCAAUGUUUCCAAAUUUUUCGUCUGUCAAACUGCCAGAAAUGUCGUCACUCUUUCAGUCGGAUAAAUUCGAAAUCCCAGACCCACUCGCUAAGGCAACACUCGAAGCAAAUAAUAUGUAUCUCGCACCUUCCGCUUCUUUGUUGAAGUUGCAGCAAGAGGCAUUUAACUCAAUGAUGAUGAAGCCACCGAAAUCAUCAUCUUCAUCUACAUCAUCAUCAAGCAAAAUUGAAACUCCGCCUCCAAUCGCUGCCUCUCCGGGUGCUCGAUCUACACCAACUAAAUCUGCUAGCCGCGACAGUCCUUCACUUGGACCGAAAUACAACUUUAGUGCCGUCGAUUUAGCUGUAUCAAGUGUGCCACUAGCCGCAUCAUCACCACUGGGAGCUGCUGAUUUAUCUCGUAAAACACCCCUAACACCACCAGUGGACAUGUCAACCCUAGCAUCUACUCCGCCGACAGGAUCAUCCGGGGCAUCUUCACAGAUCCUCCCUCCGUAUAAAAAGCGAAUGGAAUUUUCAUCGAUUGCUGAUCUUGUCGCUGCCCCACCCAGCAAGAUGCCAAAAUUGUCAUCUGACAAUUUGGAUCAGUAGAGUGUCGCAAUGACUGUGAAGAAACUCACUACCAGAAGAGUGGAACUUAUUUGGGCGCCAACCCCACCAUCCUGAAAAUAACGCAAACGAAGAGAUGUAUCCGAUUUUCGACGACCGCUGAAGAAAAAGGCAAAACUACUUACGUCUUGUUAGAUCUUCUACAAGCAUUCGACUGCAUAGGAUUGGCCCGUAAACCAGAUGUCCUCAGAGAGUUAGGAGUACCAACGUACCUCAUAAGUAGAAUUACAUUAUACUGCAUGACGGAAAGAACAACGCUUCAAUGGUCGGGACAAAGAACAGGGGAUUACAGCAACGUGCGAGGCAUAAACUAAGGGCCCAUUGUCAUCCAAACUAUUUGUGUAUCUACCGGAACAAGCGCUUUCGUAAGUGCAACAAGAAAUGCAGGAGUUUUCAUUGGGGCAAGCUGACCGAUUCAGCCUUCCUUGUUUACGAGCCAUGUCGAUGAUAUAAUUGCCAUAUUAACCCAUCAGCUCCAUUUUGACUCCUACUUUUCAAGCACUCGAGUUAGAACUAAACGCGAACAAAACGCAUGUACUUAUACGAGAUCCAUUGGUAACGGUAUUGAACCUGAAACUUGCGGUCUAAAAAACCUAAAGGUAGUCACAAAAGAGAAGUAUUUAGGAAUAUACCUCACCAAUGCUCUGAAUCGAAAGAAAGCAGUUGCGGAAUUCAUCGUGAAGGCUUUCAGGGUAUACAGAAGUGUACUAAGCUUCGUGAAAAGCUUAAAAGUCCCAUGUAGAACGACGAGAAAAAUUUACCACACGGUCAUAGCUACAAUCGUAAGGCCUGUAUUCCUUGUGUAACUUUUUUGUACGUGGGUGAAAAUUAAUAAAAAGCUAGGUAUAACUAGUUUGGAGUGUAUUAUUUACAUGUGAAAAUUUUCAUAACAAUCGGUUCAGUAGUUACUGAGAUGUCAUCGAAACAAGAUGAAAAUCGCCAAAGAAUUUUGCGCGCUGUGAUGGAAAAUCCGAUUGCGACCAUGAGAUGGAUCGAAAGACAACUGGCAAUCACCCAUACAACUGUGUAUCGGGUGGUAAAAUCGUCCCAGACGACCGAGCGGCGGGCUGGAAAUGAACAAAAAUUGAAGACAGCUGACCCUCUGGGAGCCGGAAGGUGUUGGAUUAUUUCAAGCGUAAUCCAAACCUGUCGAUUCCCGAUGCUCUGGAGGCAAAGUAUUUCGCUUGGUUCGUUCAGCAAACCGUAAAACGAGCUGGGCUUCAUGUAUUCAAGGUCCGGAAGGCACCGAACCGGGGCGAUCAACAAAACAUGGCGGCCAAAUCCCGCGCAUGGAAGCUGUAUCGAGAGUGGUUAACGAUACUGAUGUGUGUAGUUAUGGAUGACGAAACCUACAUCAAGGCAGACGCAAAGCCGAUACCGGAGCUGGAGUUCUACGUUGCCAAAUCACGGUUUGAUGUUCCGGAAGACAUAAGAAAGAAGAAUGUGGACAAACUGGCCAAAAAACACUUGCUCUGGCAGGUCAUAUACCAAUGCGGAAACUGAGUAGACCGUACAUCACAACGCUGCCAUGCUAUAACAUUAUGACGUACAUCCAUUUGAUCAGUUUAUCAAUACGGCCCAAAAACGAACGGGUUACUUGCCACUUUUGUGACUUGAAAUGGUGCAUACGUCAUUUU